AUGCUCUAUCUCCUGAAAAACGAAGCAGGGAACUUGUCUUGCCGCAUAUCGGAAUUUAAAGUUUUACAAUUAUUUAAGAGUCAUGCUAUUGGUGCAACCAAUGUAACCUUUCAUCAGCAUAAAGUUGAACGAGAAGAACGUGCCAAAGUUCUGGGACGUCAUGCAGGCUUUCGAGGUUGUACUAUAUGGUUUACUGGAUUAUCUGGAGCAGGCAAAACAACAGUGUCUUUCGCAGUAGAAAAAAUUUUGACCGAGCUUGGUAUUCCGGCUUAUGCUUUGGAUGGUGACAAUGUGCGUCAUGGGUUGUGUAGAAACCUUGGAUUUUCAAAAGAAGAAAGGCAAGAAAAUAUUCGGCGUGUUGCUGAAGUUGCUAAAUUAUUUGCCGAUAUGGGAAUUGUUGUUCUUGCUUCAUUCAUUAGCCCAUAUAAAUGCGAUCGAGAAAAUGCAAGAUUUAUUCAUAAUGAAGACAAUUUACCUUUCUUUGAAGUGUACGUCAACACACCACUAAAAAUUUGCGAACUUCGUGAUCCUAAAAAUCUGUAUAAAAAAGCGCGUGCUGGAGAGCUGAAAGGUUUCACUGGAAUUGAUAGUGCUUAUGAGGCUCCAGAAGUACCUGAUCUUAUACUUGAAUCUGGUGUCGAAUCUGAAACAGAAUCCGUUAAGAAAGUGUUGAGUUUCUUAUUUCAGAAGAAUGUAAUACCUAUGAAAGCAUAUGAGCAGAUAUCUCAACCUCCUAUUCGAGAGCUUUAUGCUGAUGAGGAGUUGAAAGCCAAGUUGCUUCAGCAAGUUAACCAGUUUCCAGCAGUACAACUGUCCAAAAUUGAUGUUGAAUGGCUACAGAUACUUAUCAAGUUCUUGUUUACUGGAAAAAUUGUUUAUGUUUCUUAUUUUUGGGUAUUGGCAGAAGGCUGGGCUUCUCCUUUGCCUGGAUUCAUGCGUGAACGUCAAUAUUUACAAUGCCUACAUCAUGGUCUUUUAUUGGAUUUAAAGAAAAAGUGCUCUAUUCCUGGUGUACAACUGCCACAAGACAGUGCGGAUGAUUUGUUUUGGUCACUCAACGAGCCUUUGAAUCAGUCAAUACCGAUUGUAUUACCAAUUAACGAUGAAACAAAAGUCAAACUUAUGGAUGGUUGGCAUUUUUUCGAGUGCGAUAAAGUAUCGUCUCAAAUCUCGCUUAUUUACAAUGAUGACGUCAUAGCUAUCCUAAAAGAUGGUGAAAUAUUUGAACAUAGAAAAGAAGAGCGUAUUGCGCGGCAGUUUGGAAUCAAUGAUUGUAGACAUCCAGCAAUAAAACAGAUUUUAGAAAGUGGAAAUUGGUUACUUGGUGGGGAUUUACAGGUACUAAAGCGGAUCCAGUAUGAUGAUGGUUUAGAUCAAUACAGAUUAUCGCCAUUAGAAUUGCGAAAAGUUUUCAAGAGAUUUAACUGCGAUGUAGUCUUUGCUUUUCAAUUACGAAAUCCUAUUCAUAAUGGGCAUGCACUUCUUAUGCAAGAUACAAGGAAACAGCUGCUAACAAAAUAUAAGAAUCCUAUGUUACUUCUGCAUCCAUUAGGUGGUUGGACAAAGGAGGAUGACGUACCUUUGAAUAUACGUAUGAAACAGUAUGAUGCAGUUUUGGAAGACGGAGUUUUAAAUCCAGAGUGGACUGUCCUUGCGAUUUUUCCAUCUCCGAUGCUCUAUGCUGGGCCAACAGAGGUGCAGUGGCACGCUAGAGCUCGAUUAGCCGCAGGUGUUACAACUUACAUCGUAGGUCGAGAUCCUGCGGGGAUACAACAUCCUGAUACUGGUGAUUAUUUGUACGAUCCUACGCACGGUUCAAAGGUAUUGUCUAUGGCUCCGGGUUUACCAAAUCUGGAUGUCGUACUAUUCCGUGUGGCAGCAUACGAUAAAACUCAGGGCAAAAUGGCAUUUUUCGAUCCAUCUCGAAGUGACGAUUUCAUUUUCAUCAGCGGAUCGAAAAUGAGAAAAUAUGCUCGUGAUGGUAUCGAGCCACCAGAAGGUUUCAUGGCUCCUAAAGCUUGGAAGGUUUUAUCCUCAUAUUAUCAAGAAUUCGCGAAGAAAAAUUUUGAAGAUAACAAUUAA